CACGAAACGUUAUAUAAGUACUUAUACAGUGUCACAUACAGUGCCGACCUCAAACUCAGAAACUUUACCCAUCCCAGCCGUUCAUUGUACUAUUCUCGGUUUGUAUUGCUAUAAACCCUAGUUUGAGAAGCUUCUCAAUCUGAAACCGCUGCAGUUCCUGCUGGUACAUAUCUUUGUGUUGAUUCUUAAAAAACGAUGUCGGAUGAUGAAAGGGAAGAGAGGGAGCUGGAUCUGAGCUCGCCUGAAGUUGUUACCAAAUACAAAUCCGCUGCAGAAAUCGUUAACAAGGCAUUACAGUUUGUGCUGUCAGAAUGCAAGCCCAAGGCUAAGAUUGUUGACCUUUGCGAGAAGGGGGAUGCUUUCAUCAGAGAUCAAACUGGGAAUAUGUACAAAAAUGUGAAGAAGAAAAUCGAAAGAGGUGUUGCCUUCCCGACUUGCAUAUCUGUAAACAACACUGUAUGCCACUUUUCUCCAUUGGCCAGUGAUGAGACUGUGCUGGAAGAAGGCGACAUGUUGAAAAUUGAUAUGGGAUGUCACAUAGAUGGGUUUAUUGCCGUAGUUGCUCACACCCAUGUUCUUCAAGAAGGCCUUGUGUCUGGCAGGGCUUCUGAUGUUAUUGCCGCAGCAAAUACUGCAGCUGAGGUUGCUUUGAGGCUAGUGCGACCUGGGAAAAAAAACAAAGAUGUGACUGAAGCAAUUCAGAAAGUUGCCACUGCUUAUGACUGCAAGAUUGUUGAAGGGGUCUUAAGUCAUCAAAUGAAGCAAUUUGUGAUAGAUGGGAACAAGGUUGUGCUUAGCGUCCCAGGUCCUGAGACGAGAGUAGAUGAAGCUGAAUUUGAGGAAAAUGAGGUUUAUGCUAUUGAUAUUAUUACAAGUACUGGCGAAGGAAAGCCUAAGCUGUUGGACGAGAAACAGACGACUAUUUACAAAAGGGCUGUUGAAAAAAAUUAUCACCUGAAGAUGAAGGCCUCGCGAUUCAUAUUCAGCGAGAUAAAUCAGAAAUUUCCUAUCAUGCCAUUUACUGCCAGGGCUUUGGAAGAGAAACGUGCUCGACUGGGACUAGUGGAAUGUGUUAAUCACGAUCUUUUGGAGCCAUAUCCAGUUCUUCACGAGAAGUCUGGUGACCUAGUUGCGCACAUCAAAUUUACUGUAUUGCUGAUGCCAAACGGGUCAGAUCGCAUCACGUUUCACCAUUUACAGGAGCUGCAGCCCGCCAAAACAAUAGAUAAUCCAGAGAUAAAAGCAUGGUUAGCUUUGGGCACAAAGACCAAGAAGAAAGGUGGUGGAAAGAAGAAAAAAGGUAAGAAGGGUGAAAAAGCUGCGGAGUCGGCAGAUGCUGAAUCCAUGGACGUGGAACCAAAUGUCACAACCUCUGAAGAAUGAGAAAUUUCUGACCUGUAUUUACUCCAUCCAAUUUUGGUCACUACUGUAUUUGGUUGCCUUGAGUUCUAUGAUUUAGUCAUAAAAUGUUGAUCUUAAUUUAUAUCUCCAUUGUGGCUUCUGAAAGUCCAGUGUAGCCAACCCUUUUGUGCAUCCUUAAAGUUUUAGAUAGAAUUUUUUUUUUUUAAAUAUAAUUGAAGCAGCAAAUAGACCUGAAGAAUUAAAAUAAAGUCAUGUAGUUAGCCACAAGGAUUUCCAUACGAGUGUUGAUCCUGUUGGAUUAAUUUGGUGAAUUAUUUUCUUGAUUUUCAGAA